GGCCCGGGCUGCCGGUGGGGCUCCGGCCAUGGGGCUGCAGCCGCGGCGUGCGGCCGGGCCCUGCCCGCCGGCGGGACGGUGCGCGGCGCUGCCCUGGGCCCGCGGUGACGAGCAGGACGGGGUCCCCGGCCGCGCCGCCUCCCUGCCGCCCCUCCUGCCGGCACCCCCCGCCGCCGCCGCCGCCCGGGCGCAGCCGAAGAAGCCGACGGCGACGGCGGUCCCCAGGAAGGCGGCGCCGAGGCCGGCGGACGAGAAGGUGGCUCGGAAGGCGCGAGGGGCGCCGGCGGAGAGGGCCGGCCCCGUCUCCGGCUCCUGGCCGUGUACCCUGCAGCGGCGACCGCCGGCGGAGCGGGGGGCGCGGCCCCAACCCGGCGCGCCGCAGCCGCGGGGCCGCCCGGGGGCGCCCGGUGCGGGCGGCCGGUCCUGCGAGAGCCCGGGCGGGUCGGCUGGGGAGCCGCGUUUCGCGCUGAGCCUCCCGCCCGAGGCCGUGCGCCUGCUGCAGCGCCGCAGCACCGAGCGCCAGCGCGCACAGCCCGGCACCGGCACCGGCGGGACGGCUGCGGCGCGGAGAGGGGCGCGGUCCGGCGGCGACGUGCGCGCCCUGCUGAAGGUAUCCCUGCUCAACGACCGGCACCGCUACGACGACGAGGAGUAUGAAGAGGAGGAGGCGGCGGCGCCGGGCGCGGCGCCGGACGAGGGGCUGGUGCGGAAGUGCACCGAGUGGCUGCGAGGCGUCGAGAGCGCGGCCGGGCGAGAGCGCGGGGACCGGCUGGGCAGCCUGCCGCACCUGGGAGCGCGGUGAGCCGCAUCCCCGCGGGGAACGGGAGGGGUCGCUCCGCCGGCAGCCGGGGACAAAGGAGCGGCACCGACUCCCGCCCGGCUCGGAAAGCGGCAUCAUUCCCCCGCCGUUUUUAAGACUUCCCUCUCCUUUGUAAGAUGCGCGCGACGGUUUUUUGUACAUUUGUACAUUUUUAUUUAUUGGAAUAAAUGCGGUGAUUUCUGUGGUA